GGUGAAUUUACCUGAGAAAUUGAGACUCAAGAUUAUGAGAACGUGUGACUAGGACCGAAAGCAGAUUUGCAGGUGGAGUCUUUGACUUUUUUUAAAAGACGAUGGUAAUCAGAUCUACUUGAAAAAUUCACAGCAUUGGUUUAGUUGGAGUAUUCUUUUUCCAGUUGUUUAACAUUUGGCCAUUAGAUUUCCAGAAGUUGUGCAUGAGUUCCUGUGGAGAAAGUUGGCAUCUUGGGAAGCAAAGACAGUUGUGAUGCAGUUUAUUGAUAUGAAGACAACAGGAAGCGUCAGGACAAUCAUGCUCAUAAGAACGCCAAACUGUUCAGGUCAUCCUUUUACCUUAGUGAAACUGGCGAUUGAACUUUGCUGUAGUUGAUGGGCAAAAUUUCUCUUAGACUGUUCGUCAUCCCAGUUGCAUCCUAGUUGAAUAUAUUCAAAUGCCAUAAGAAAUCUUGGUAGAUGUGCACUUAGCUUUUGGACGGACAUUUCUAUGAUGGAGAGAACUGUGUUCUAGCCUGGUCCAAGGACAUUCCCAUCCAAUGCCCAUCGACUACAGUGUGGUUGAGUAAGAUUCCAAAGAGAAGCAGCCAUCAGCAAGUUUGCAGACUCCCUGGAACAUGGAAGCCACUAAGCUCUAAAAAGCACAGCCUUGGAGACACUCCAUGAGUCUACUCGGCUUUCAGACAAAUUAGCACUUAAGACCUUCGCAUACGAAAAUGGACACUGGGGAUACAGCUCUAGGACAAAAAGCUACCUCAAGGUCUGGAGAAACUGAUAAAGCGUCAGGUAGAUGGAGACAGGAGCCAUCAGCUGUUAUUAAGAUGAGCACUUUUGGCAGUCAGGAAGGACAGAGGCAACCACAGCUAGAUCCUGAGCAGAUUGGAAGCACAGCAUCAGCACAACUGUUUGGUUCUGGAAAGCUGGCCUCACCCGGAGACGUGCUGCAGCAAGUCACCGAGAAGCAAUACCCACCGCACCGUCCGAGUCCUUACUCAUGCCAACACUCACUCUCCUUCCCUCAGCCCUCGUUGCCACAGGGGAUCAUGCACAGCAACAAGCCACACCAGAGCCUCGAAAGCCCUCCGUGGCUUUUCCCUGGCCCUUUGCCAUCAGUUGCCUCUGAGGACUUAUAUCCUUUUCCUCUCCACGGCCACAGUGGUGGUUAUCCUAGAAAAAAGAUUUCAAGUCUGAACCCUGCGUAUAGCCAAUACUCCCAGAAAAGUAUCGAACAAGCAGAAGAUGCUCACAAGAAAGAGCACAAACCCAAAAAGCCCGGCAAGUACAUUUGCCCUUACUGCAGCAGGGCAUGUGCCAAACCAAGUGUCCUGAAGAAACACAUCAGGUCCCAUACCGGUGAGCGGCCAUAUCCAUGCAUACCUUGUGGUUUCUCCUUCAAGACAAAAAGCAAUCUGUACAAGCACAGGAAGUCGCAUGCCCACGCCAUUAAGGCGGGGUUGGUACCUUUCACAGAGUCAGCCGUGUCUAAACUGGACCUCGAGGCAGGCUUCAUUGACGUGGAAGCAGAAAUCCAUUCCGACGGCGAGCAGAGCACAGACACCGACGAGGAGAGCUCUCUCCUCGCCGAGACCUCCGACAAGAUGAGCCCCGGCCCACCCGGGAUCCCGCUGGAGCUGGCCGGCCGCGGAGGCUACCACGGGUCUCUGGAAGAAUCGUUGGGGGGGCCCAUGAAGGUACCCAUCCUGAUCAUCCCCAAGAGCGGGAUCCCGCUCCCCAGCGAGAGCUCUGCGUACCUCGGCCCCGACGUGCUCCCCAAUCCGUCUUUCAACCCCAGGGCGGACGACUCUCACACGGUCAAACAGAAGCUGGCGCUGCGGCUGUCGGAGAAAAGAGGGCAAGACUCCGAGCCGUCGCUCAACCUCCUGAGCCCGCACAGCAAAGGCAGCACGGACUCGGGCUACUUCUCCCGCUCCGAGAGCGCCGAGCAGCAGAUAAGCCCGCCCAACACCAACGCCAAGUCCUACGAGGAGAUCAUCUUCGGGAAGUACUGUCGGCUGAGCCCCAGGACGGCGCUCAGCGUGACGCCCCCGGGCCCGGAGCGCGGCCCCGCGGGCAGGAAGGGCAUGGCCGAGCCCCCGCCUCCCGUCCACGCCAGGUUGGACGUCCAGAUGUUCGAAGACCCCAUCUCACAGCUGAUGUCCGCCCCGGCAGAGGCAGACCCCGGCCCGGCCGGCCUGCUGACGUCCUCCUCCGCUCGAUUCAACAGCGAGGCCAGGCAGCCCCCGCCGCUGCCCCCGCCGCCGCCGCCCUCGGUCAGAAAUGAAGGCAAGCCGUACCCCACCAGCUUCCCCGGCGGCGGCCCCGUGCUCCUGGAAGCGCCCGUCGACUCUUCUCCCCUGAUCCGGAGCAACUCCAUGCCCACCUCUUCGGCCACCAACCUGAGCAUCCCCCCUUCCCUGCGAGGAAGUCACUCCUUCGACGAGCGGAUGACCGGGUCCGACGACGUCUUCUACCCGGGCACGGUGGGCCUGCCCCCGCAGCGCAUGCUCCGGAGGCAGGCGGCCUUCGAGCUGCCGUCGGUCCAGGAGGGGCACGCGGAGGCCGAGCACCCCGGCCGGCUCUGCCGCGGUCUCAGCGGCUCGUCCUCCAAGGAGAAGAGAUGGCUUCCCGGAGACCGCGUGGGCUACGACUACGAGGGCUGCCGGAAGCCCUACAAGAAGUGGGAGGACGCCGAGGUGCCGAAGCCCAGCUACCGCGACGCGCCUGGCUUCGGCUCCGUCCGACACGGGGUCGUCGUCGGGGACUACCUGGUGGACCCCGCGGCGGCCCUGCCCGGGGCGCCCUCCGCCUUCGGGGCUCCGGGCGAGAACCGGAAGCGGCGCAAAGAGAAGAGCGUGGGCGACGAGGAGGACACGCCCAUGAUCUGCACCCCCGGGGGCCUGCCGCCGCGGCUGGUUCGCCAGCACAACAUCCAGGUCCCCGAGAUCCGCGUCACCGAGGAGCCCGACAAACCCGAAAAGGAAAAGGAGGCGCCCAGCAAGGAGCCCGAGAAGCCCGUGGAGGAAUUCCAGUGGCCCCAGCGGAGCGAGACCCUCUCCCAGCUCCCCGCCGAGAAGCUGCCGCCCAAGAAGAAGCGCCUGCGCCUGGCCGACAUGGAGCACUCCUCCGGGGAGUCCAGCUUCGAGUCCACGGGCACCGGCCUCUCCCGCAGCCCGAGUCAGGAGAGCAACCUGUCGCACAGCUCCAGCUUCUCCAUGUCUUUCGAGAGGGAGGAGACCGUGAAGCUCGCCGCUCCCCCUAAGCAGGAUGAGUUCGGGAAGCAUUCCGAGUUCCUGACCGUCCCCGCCGGCUCCUACUCGUUGUCCGUUCCGGGCCAUCACCACCAGAAAGAGAUGCGACGUUGUUCCUCGGAGCAGAUGCCUUGUCCCCACCCCACGGAAGUCCCGGAAAUCCGGAGCAAAUCCUUCGAUUAUGGGAACCUUUCCCACGCCCCCGUGGCCGGGGCAUCCACCUCCACGCUAUCCCCAUCCAGGGAGAGGAAGAAAUGCUUUCUGGUGCGGCAGGCUUCCUUCAGUGGCUCUCCAGAAAUUGCACAAGGGGAAGCUGGGGUGGACCCUGGCGUCAAGCAAGAGCAGAUGGAACAACUGCACGCAGGCCUCAGAGCCACGUGGCACCCCGGCCCGUCCUCCAUGCUUCCGCCGCUCCCCACCGAGGACCCAGGCAAGCAGAGCGUGGGGCCUUGCGCUCCACUCAGCUCCGGGCCGCUCCACCUGGCCCAGCCUCAGAUCAUGCACAUGGACAGUCAGGAACCUUCCAGAAAUCCCUUGCUGCAGCCAACAUCCUACAUGACAAGCAAGCACUUAUCGGAGCAGCCACAUUUGUUUGCACAUCAAGAGACGAUUCCAUUUUCUCCAAUCCAGAACACUCUGUUUCAGUUUCAGUAUCCUACGGUCUGCAUGGUUCACUUACCAACCCAGCAGCCGCCCUGGUGGCAGGCGCAUUUCCCUCCUUCCUUUACCCAGCAUCCUCAGAAGAGCUACAGCAAGCCUUCUUUCCAGGCGGAGAUCCAUUCUAGCUAUCCCUUAGAGCACAUUGCAGAACACGCUAGAAAGAAAUCUGCAGACCACGUGCACACAAAAGAGCAAACCUACCCGUGUUAUUCAGGAACAUCAGGGCUACACUCAAAGAACCUUUCUCCAAAGUUCCCGUCAGAACCUAGCAGUAAGUCCACGGAGACUCCUUCUGAGCAGCUUCUUCAGGAAGAGUUUGCCUCGGCAAAUGCUGGGCCUUUGCAGUCCCUCCCAGGAACCGUGGUGCCUGUUCGGCUCCAGACACACGUUCCUUCCUAUGGCAGUGUCAUGUACACAAGCAUCUCCCAGAUACUUGGGCAGAACAGCCCUGCGAUCGUCAUAUGCAAAGUUGACGAGAAUAUGACCCAAAGAACACUGGUCACCAACGCGGCCAUGCAAGGGAUAGGAUUUAACAUCGCCCAGGUGCUGGGGCCGCAUGCAGGCUUGGAGAAAUACCCCCUCUGGAAAGUACCUCAGACUCUACCCCUCGGCUUAGAAUCCUCCAUCCCCUUAUGUUUACCUUCCACCUCAGACAGUGCCGCCUCUCUGGGAGGUAGCAAGCGGAUGCUGUCUCCAGCCAGUAGCUUGGAACUCUUCAUGGAAACAAAGCAGCAAAAACGGGUCAAAGAAGAGAAGAUGUACGGACAGAUAGUUGAGGAGCUCAGUGCGGUGGAGCUCACCAACUCAGACAUGAAGAAGGGCCUCUCCCGCCCCCAGAAACCCCAGCUGGUUCGACAAGGGUGUGCCUCUGAGCCAAAGGAUGGCUUGCAGUCAAGGUCAUCUUCCUUCUCCUCCCUGUCACCUUCCUCAUCUCAAGACUAUCCAUCUGCCAGUGGGCCAUCCAGGGAGCCAUUCCCUCCCAGCAGGGAGCUGCUUUCUGGUUCCAGAGCGCCCCCUUCUGGGCAGAAGUCCAGAAGGCUUUCAGAUAGCAGAGAGUCCUCCGAUGAAUUAGAUAUCGAUGAGACAGCCUCAGACAUGAGCAUGAGUCCUCAAAGUUCUUCACUGCCAACGGGAGAUAGUCAGCAAGAAGAAGAAGGGAAGGGCCGGAAGAUGCCCGUUGGCAUGUUGGUCCACGUGGCUUCUGGCCCUGGCGGGAAUGUGGCAAACUCCACACUUCUUUUCACAGAUGUGGCAGAUUUCCAGCAGAUUCUUCAGUUCCCCAGUCUGCGGACAACAACUACUGUGAGUUGGUGCUUCUUGAAUUAUACAAAACCCAAUUUCGUCCAACAGGCCACCUUCAAAUCUUCGGUUUAUGCUUCAUGGUGCAUUAGUUCUUGUAACCCCAACCCAUCAGGAUUGAACACCAAGACUACACUGGCUCUUCUGAGGUCCAAGCAAAAAAUCACAGCAGAAAUUUACACUCUGGCUGCUAUGCACAGGCCGGGAACUGGCAAGCUUACAUCAUCCGGCGCUUGGAAGCAGUUUGCACAGAUGAAACCCGAUGCAUCUUUUAUAUUUGGCAGCAAACUAGAAAGGAAAUUAGUGGGGAAUAUCUUAAAGGAAAGAGGGAAAGGAGAUAUUCAUGGAGAUAAAGAUAUUGGAUCAAAACAAACUGAGCCAAUACGAAUUAAAAUCUUUGAAGGAGGGUAUAAAUCAAACGAAGAUUAUGUAUAUGUGAGAGGACGUGGGCGAGGAAAGUAUAUUUGUGAAGAAUGUGGGAUUCGCUGUAAGAAACCAAGCAUGCUGAAAAAACACAUACGCACGCAUACAGAUGUUCGGCCUUAUGUAUGCAAGUUAUGUAACUUUGCCUUCAAAACGAAAGGAAACCUAACAAAACAUAUGAAAUCUAAAGCACACAUGAAAAAAUGCCUGGAGUUGGGAGUAUCGAUGACAUCGGUGGAUGAUACAGAAACUGAGGAAGCAGAAAAUAUGGAAGAUUUGCACAAAGCAGCUGAGAAGCAUAGUAUGUCCAGCAUUUCAACUGACCACCAGUUCUCAGAUGCUGAGGAAUCGGAUGGUGAAGACGGAGAUGAUAAUGAUGACGAUGAUGAAGAUGAUGAUGACUUUGAUGACCAGGGAGAUUUGACACCAAAAACAAGAUCGAGAAGUACCAGUCCUCAGCCUCCCAGAUUCUCCUCCUUGCCUGUGAAUGUUGGCACCGUACCCCAUGGAGUUCCUUCUGACAGUUCCCUGGGACAUUCUUCCUUGAUCAGCUAUUUGGUGACUCUGCCAAGUAUUCAGGUUACUCAGCUCAUGACACCCAGUGAUUCGUGUGAAGAUACUCAGAUGACAGAAUACCAGAGGUUAUUCCAGAGCAAAAGUACAGAUUCGGAACCAGACAAAGACAGGUUGGACAUCCCCAGCGUCAUGGAUGAGGAAGGCAUGCUAUCUUCAGAGCCCAGCUCUUCCCCGAGGGACUUCUCCCCCUCAAGCCGCCAUUCCUCACCUGGAUAUGAUUCUUCUCCCUGUCGAGAUAAUUCGCCAAAGAGGUAUCUGAUACCCAAAGGAGAUUUGUCACCUCGAAGACAUCUAUCACCUCGAAGAGAGCUGUCACCCAUGAGACAUCUGUCACCAAGAAAGGAAGCUGCACUGAGGAGAGAGAUGUCUCAGAGGGAUGCUUCCCCGAGAAGGCAUUUGUCUCCCAGGAGGCCACUGUCUCCUGGGAAAGACAUCACAGUGAGAAGAGACCUCUCUCCCAGAAGAGAGAGAAGAUACAUGACUACCAUAAGAGCACCGUCUCCCAGAAGGGCUUUAUACCACAACCCACCAUUAUCCAUGGGGCAGUAUUUGCAAGCAGAACCAAUUGUAUUGGGGCCUCCUAACUUAAGAAGAGGAUUACCUCAGGUUCCUUACUUCAGUCUCUAUGGAGACCAAGAAGGUGCUUAUGAACAUCCAGGCUCCAGCCUUUUCCCUGAGGGUCCUACUGACUAUGUCUUCAGUCAUCUUCCACUUCACUCUCAGCAACAAGUGCGAGCUCCUAUCCCCAUGGUGCCAGUUGGUGGGAUCCAAAUGGUUCACUCCAUGCCGCCCGCCCUUUCUGGUUUACAUCCUCCGCCCACCUUGCCUCUGCCCGUGGAGGGCUCCGAGGAGAGGAAAGGAGGAGGGCUAGGGGAGCCCUUCCUGAAGGACCCCUAUGCUCUCUCCAGGCAGCGGGAGAAGCGAGCCCCUCACAUUCUGUCGGCAUCGGGUCUGCCCACCACUUCCUCCUCUCCUCGGCUAUUGAUGAAGCAGAGCACUUCGGAAGACAGCCUAAAUUCGACAGAGAGGGAACAGGAAGAAAACAUCCAGACUUGUACAAAAGCCAUUGCCUCUCUCCGGAUUGGCACAGAAGAGGCAGCCCUGCUGGGGGCUGAUCAGCCAGCCCGGGCGCCCGAUCCCCUCCAGAAACCCUUGGAAAGUGCACACGCUAGCAUUAGACACUUUAGUGGGCCUGAGCCAGGUCAACCCGGUACCUCAGACUCCCACCCUGACUUGCAUGAUGCUGAAAAGGACAACUUUGGUACAUCCCAGACUGCAUUAGCUCCCCCCACGUUUUACAGUCAGAGUUGUGUGGACCAGGGCCCAUCAGACUUUGACAGAAGCGAGGAAUUUCCUUCAAGCACAGAGGAAGGCAAGGGACCUUCAGAGAAGAGUCAGCUACCUUGAUGGAAGAUGCAUGGGAACUUUCAUUUUCCACAUUUCCCCCUCUUUCUGUUUUUGUUUUUCUAGGAAUAGAGGUAAUCAAGUUUAUAGCAUGCCUGUCCUAAGUUACGGUAGUUUGCUCUUAUAUAUACUUUUGUUAUUUCAAAAGAAUUAGGGAAAUUAACAUGUCAUCAUGAGCCUGACCAAAACAAAAUUUGAAAUUAACCUAUUGGGUCUGGUACUUUUAAAAUUGUACAGAUGUUUGUGCCUUUUCUUUACUUUGCUUAUAUUCUUAUAAGCAUUUUUUAGCAGUACUUUGUACAUAUUUUAGAAUUUGUGUAUCUGCUUUGUAAUAAAUGUAAUUUCUUUCCUUUUUUGGACACUUGGAUUGAAAUGAUGUAAAGCAAAACAGCAUCAAUAUAUAUGUGAGGUUGCACUAAAACAUAUUUUUAUAUGAUAAAAACUGAACAGCUUUUAUGUACAGCUCUGAUUCUGUAAUACUAAUAUUUAUUUACUUUGUUUCAUAAAUUAUACAUUUUUUCUUAAUGUUGUGGAUUGCUUUUCUAUGUGAAGCAUGGGAUUUACUGUUGCGUAACUAGAACAAAAAUGUACAUUGUAAACAAGAUAUUUAAACUAGAGUAUCUUAUUAUGCACUUAUGCAUUAGUUACAAGAAAAAAAAGAUAAAGGAUGUAUCAGUCAGUUCUUGUAAAUUUUUUUGUCUAUUGUUUGCUGGAUUGACUAUAACUUAAGUGCUGAUUGUGAUUUUAAACUGAUAGUACCGUACAGCAUUAAAGUAAACAAUGUGCUAUUGUGAGUUUUUUCAAAGCUUUAUAAAUCAGUUAUAAAUAAUAUUAAAAGUAUUUGGUCUUACGUGAACAUGUUGAUCUAUAUACUCAUCUAAAAUAUGGGAAAACAUUCCACCCCAUGUAAAUAUGUACAAGUGCAUCACUGGUACAAUUUUAUGUAACUCAAUUGGACACUAGGUUGCCACAGACCUAUGCUAGGGUGUCUUUAGAAAUCAAAGUGACAGAGCACAUGGGACUGUGGUAGAGCUUGGUUAUCGGCCGGCCCGGUGGCUUGGCAGGCAGUGCCGUGCGCUGCCCAUGGAGAAGACCUGAGGUUAGCAAUCUCCUUGGUUCUUGCAGCACAGGGUGGCAACUGUAACUAAGGAUGCAUGGAGGGGUUGGGCUUGGACUCUGAGGGCUGAAUGUGGAAGCCAGGAAGGGGGCGGAGACCCGCUCCCGGACCCUUCCCACCGGCCUGUCCACAAGGUAACAGGGUGAACACCAGCGUUAGGAGAAGUCCCCUUACCCUUUUGAAUGGGGUAAAGUGUCACGCUCCUGGCUGUCUCAGGGGGAAUGGAGAAGAGAAGUUUUCAUGGAAGAGAAACUUUUGGAAAGAUGAUGCUUUUUGUAUUUAACAUUUCAGAAUGGCUUUUGAUGUGUGUCAAAGAUGGAAAGAUUCUUUGUAGGUCUGGAAGUACAGAGGGAGUGAUACAGCAACAUGUGUACACGCACGCACACAUGUGUGCACGCACACACAAUCUGGGUUAUCUUUGUGCUAUAUAGUGGAUUAUAAUUCUGUGAAACCAAGUUUGUAUAUUGAAUUACAUUAAGGAGUGUUCUUUAAAAAGAGAAAUAAAUAUACAAUUACAUGCUU